AAAAAGAAAAAAAAAAAGAAAAAGAAAUUAUCCCAUAGAAUGGGCAUUUGUUCUUGAGAUACCAACAUUUGUGUGGCGUUUUACUGAACUUACACAUUUUAUGCACUUCGAGUAUUUUGUUUCACAUUAAAAAAAAAGAAAAAACCAUUUUAAUUACCUGAUAAAUUUGCAAGUACUGAAAAAAAUUACUCCUCUGUCAGAAAGUUUAGAUGUAGAUCUAAAUAGUGUAUAUCUAAAAGAGAAGCAAAUGAAAAAAGCUAGCAAAUGUGUACUUCAGCCAAAAAAAUGGAAUGAAUAGAAUUUACAAAACAAUACUAAUGUGACUAUAAACAUUAAUUGAAAACAAACACUUUAAGGACGAUUGGAGGAUGGGAAUAAAGUAUUAGGAAGAGUUCUCAUGGAUUCCUCGGCAGGGGACCCCUGUAGGGCUGGGCAUGUAAUUGUGUCCUUUGGACCGUUUCCCCUUCGUUCUACCCCAGGCUAGUACUUGCGGAAUAAGAGAUAUCCACCCAGCCGUACCGAGGCUCAGACAGAGACGGGGCAGACUCGUUAUUCUCUUGGCACAGUCUUGUAGGACUUUCCCGCCACGCCACUUGGGUGAGAGGCCCACGCCCUGAACUGCUGAAAACAAUCGCACCAUCCCGCCGGGGCAUUUCGGCAGCGUUCCAGGCGCUGGACUACAUUUCCCAGGGGCCGUCGGGGCCAACGCUACUUGCAGCCUAAGAUGGCCUAGGCUCACUGUUCUAUUCCCAGGGCUGGGCGCAGGUUUGUAGAGAUAGGGCAGCCUACAGGCCGCCGCUGAAGCGUGCUAAACGCGGCCUGGAAUGCUCGGAAGCUCUCUACCGCAAAUGUGAGCGGUGUGUGGGCGAUGGUCUUUGCCUAGCGAGGUGAUGGGGCUCAAGUUCAGGGCCGGUUAAUGGAGGCCAGGAUAUCUCGGACUGUUAAAGGCUGCCCAGGCUCCGGACUACAUUUCCCAGAGUGCACCGUUCCCCCGGCAACUUCCUGUCAGCCCUCUGUCCCUUUCGCAAAGAUAGGGAAAUAGGGGAACCUUUCACCAUCAACGGACGGCAGGACAGGAAAGAGCCAAGGUCCCAGACAGUGCUGAAGCAUCAUGAGACCUCUCCGCAUCUGGGCAUGGAUGCGUGGCCAACUCUGGAGCCCAAGCUGUUGCUUCCUGGUCUGGUGGUGAAUCCUCCGUAGUCUGCUCUGCUUUCUCAGCACAUUGCUUCACCAACAGAAGAAUCGAGAGGAGGACCGGUAGACUUGGAAUGUUAAGUCAUGGCUCAUUUGAUGUUCAGGGACGUGGCUAUAGAUUUCUCUCAAGAGGAGUGGGAGGGCCUGGACCUGAAACAGAGGGAUUUAUAUAGAGAUGUGAUGUUGGAGAACUACAGCAACAUGGUUUCACUGGGUCUUUGCAUUUAUCAGCCAGAUGUGUUCUCUUUAUUGGAGAAAGGGAAAGAGCCCUGGAAGAUUUUGAGGGAUGAGACAAGAGGACCUUGCCCAGACAUGCAAUCCAGGUGUCCGAUCAAGAAGUUAUUACCAAAAAAUGGCAUUUUUGAGAGAGAAAUAGCCCAACUGGAAAUAAGGAAAAUUUGUAAAAACCACAGCCUUGAAUGUUUGUGUUUUAGAGGUGAUUGGGAAGGCAAUGUUCAGUUUCAGACACUACAAGAUAAUCAAGAGGAAUGUUUCAAGCAGGGGAUACUCACCUAUGUUAAAAUGCCCACUUUUAACCGACACCCAGCCUUUAAUCUACACCAGAGACUUAACACAGGAGACAAACUGAAUGAAUUUAAAGAAUUGGGGAAAGCCUUUAUUUCUGGCUCAGAUCGUACUCAACAUCAGUUAAUUCACACAAGUGAGAAAUUCUGUGAAGAUAAAGAAUGUGGAAAUACCUUUCUUUCCGAUUCGGAGGUUACUCAAUAUCAGACAGUUGACACUGUUAAAAAAACAUAUGAAUGUAAAGAAUGUGGGAAGUCUUUUAGUUUACGUUCGAGUCUUACUGGUCAUAAGAGAAUUCAUACCGGAGAGAAACCUUUUAAAUGUAAGGAAUGUGGAAAGGCCUUUAGAUUUCAUUCACAACUUAGUGUCCAUAAGCGAAUUCAUACUGGUGAGAAAUCUUACGAAUGUAAGGAAUGUGGGAAGGCCUUUAGUUGUGGCUCAGAUCUUACUCGACAUCAGAGAAUUCAUACCGGUGAAAAACCCUAUGAAUGUAGUGAAUGUACAAAGGCCUUUAGUCAGCGAUCACAUCUUAUUAAACAUCAGAGAAUUCACACCGGUGAAAAACCUUAUGAAUGUAAGGAGUGUGGGAAAGCUUUUACUCGUGGGUCACAUCUAACUCAGCAUCAGAGAAUUCAUACUGGUGAGAAAUCUCAUGAGUGUAAGGAAUGUGGAAAAGCCUUUAUUCGUGGUUCAAAUCUUGCUCAACAUCAGAAUGUUCAUGUUGGUAGGAAACCUUAUGAAUGUGAGAAAUGUGGGAAAGCCUAUAUCUGGAGCUCACACCUUGCUCGACAUCAGCGAAUUCAUACUGGUAGGAAACCUUAUGAAUGUAAGCAAUGUGGGAAGACUUUUACUUGGGCUUCAUAUCUUGCUCAACAUGAGAAAAUUCAUAAUGAGAGGAAAUCCUAUGAAUGUAAAGAAUGUGGAAAGACCUUUCCUCAUGGCUCAGAGUUGAAUCGACAUCAGAAAAUUCAUACUGGUGAGAGAAACUAUGAAUGUAAGGAAUGUGGAAAGACCUUUUUUCGUGGUUCAGAACUUAAUCGACAUCAGAAAAUUCAUACUGGAAAGAGGCCAUAUGAAUGUGAAGAAUGUGGGAAAUCUUUUAUCUGGGGUUCACAACUUACUCGACAUCAGAGAAUGCAUACUGGUGAGGAACCUUAUGUAUGUAAAGAAUGUGGGAAAUCUUUUAUCUGGGGUUCACAGCUUACACGACAUAGGAGAAUUCACACUGAUGGAGAACCUUAUGGAUGCAAGAAAAGUAGCCACAUCUUUAGUCACCAUUCAUAUUUUGCUGAACAAAAAAUUCAUAAUGGUGCAAAUCUCUGUGAAUGGACAGACUAUGGGAACACCUUUUGUCAUGAUUCAAACUUUGCUGAACACCAGAAUAUUUACACUUUUGAGAAAUCCUAUGAAUUUAAAGAUUUUGAGAAAGCAUUUUCUUCAAGCUCUCACUUCAUUUCACUCUUGUGA